AGCGAUGUUGUAAUGUUUUCUCUUUCUGUAGGUGAUGUUUUGUUCCGGGACUCUCGUGUGUUCGAUAUGUUUAGAUGACACGGUUCAGGGGGACACCAUCGCUCGACUGCGCUGUCUCUGUGUCUAAGUUACCACAAAGAGAUUGAGAAACAUUCACUAACAGUCAUACACACACAUAACUGUUGUCAUCUGUGGAAAUUUAAACAUUUAAGAAAGUAGUUUAUUUCAGAGUUUUGCAGAAAGCAGCCUUCUGAAACGCGAACACGGGUUUCCGAGUUUUUUUUUCCUGGGGUACGCGGCUUGCUGUGCGCCUACAUGAUGUGACAAGGGGCGUUCGUAACUGGAUACUGUAUUUUGCUGUCAGCACGAGAAAACCACAUUUUUAAGGCGCCAUUUUUUCAAUGGGACUUAAUCUUUGGAUCGGAAAAACUGAGCUUAAAACUUUGUCGUAAACUCUCAGCCUCAGAUGCCACACCUAAAGGAUGGAGCGAUAUUAAGGUCUGGCUACGCGAGUGUUUUCAACCCAUGCAGCUCCAUGAAGAUUAAAUGAAUCAUGGGGGAUAGAAAAACAUUGGGCGGUGGGGAUUUUUCUCCAGGAUGCAGGCAAUUCUGUGUGGAGAAACCAGACUUACUGGAGGCCAGCUGUGUAUCCAUGACAAGUGACAAGUCUUUGGAUUCACCACUUAACUUUACUGGAGAACUUACAUCAACUGAUAUGAGGCAGAGAUCAAACACACCAGAGCCCAGCUGUGUGUCCAUGAAGAGUGACCAGUCUUCGGAGAGAGAUAAACCAAACAUGUUAACAGAUAUGAGGCAGAGAUCAACCCCCCCAGAACCAAGAUGUGGGUCCAUGGAAGGUGACUGUUCUUUAAAAGAGCCAGUGACAUUUAAGGGAAAAACUAAUCUGAGUUCUGACUCUCAACUGGUCCAAAGUAAAUUAAAAUCAAAUCUGUUGAAGAAGUGUCAGUGUCUGUAUGAAGGAACAGCAACACAGCAAAACCCAACACUCCUGAAUGAGAUCUACACAGAGCUCUACAUCACAGAGAGUGAAAGUGGAGAGAUCAAUAAUGAGCAUGAGGUGAGGCAGCUUGAGAUACAAUCCAGGAGAGCAGCAACAGAGGACAAACCAGUCAAAUGCAAUGACAUCUUUAGACCUUUACCUGGACAAGACAAAGCCAUCAGAACUGUGCUGACAAAGGGAGUCGCUGGCAUUGGAAAAACAGUCUCUGUGCAGAAGUUCAUUGUGGACUGGGCUGAAGGGAAAGAGAAUCAGGACAUCCAGCUCAUAUUUCCACUUCCUUUCAGAGAGCUCAACUUUAUGAAGGACAAAACACUCAGUCUUUCAGAUCUUCUUUAUGAUUUUUUUCCUGAAAUCAAAGAAAUAGAACCGUUUAGUGGUGAAUAUAAAAUUAUCUUUAUUUUUGAUGGUCUGGAUGAGUGUUGCCUGUUUCUUAAUUUUCAGAGUGAUGUGAGGUUAUAUGAUAUAAAUGAAUCAGCUUCAUUGGAUGUGCUGCUGAUGAACCUCAUUGUGGGGAAUCUGCUUCCCUCUGCUCUCAUCUGGAUCACCUCCAGACCUGCAGCAGCUGAUCUCAUUCCCUCUGAGUGUGUCCAUCGAGUGACAGAGGUACGAGGCUUCAAUGAUCCACAGAAGGAGGAAUACUUCAGGAAGAGAUUCAGUGAUCAGAGUCUGGCCAAUACAAUCAUCACACACCUGAAGUCAUCAAGGAGCCUCUACAUCAUGUGCCACAUCCCAGUGUUCUGCUGGAUCUCAGCCACUGUUCUAGAGAAGAUGUUGAGUGAAGCAGAGAGUGAAGAGAUUCCCAAGACUCUCACUCAAAUGUACACACACUUCCUGAUUAUUCAGACCAACAUCAAACACGAGAAGGACUAUGAGAAGAAAGUCAAAGAUGAAAACAUGAUUCUCAAACUAGGGAAACUGGCUUUUGAGCAGCUUGUGAAAGGCAACCUGAUCUUCUAUGAGGAAGACCUGAGAGAUUGUGGCAUUAAUGAGACAGAAGCAUCAGUGUACUCAGGAUUGUGCACUCAGAUCUUCAAAGAGGAUUUUGGCUUGUGUCAUGGGAAAGUCUUCUGCUUUGUUCAUCUGAGCAUUCAGGAACAUCUAGCAGCUCUAUAUGCACACCUGUCCUUUACAAACAAGAACAGAAAUGUGUUUGACCAAAGCAAACAAGGUCUGCUGUCUAAGUUUUUACAUUUGAAGAAACAUCAUUCAUUAUCUGGUUUGCAUCAGAGAGCUGUGGAUGAGGCAUUAUGGAGUAAGAAUGGACAUUUGGACCUUUUCCUGCGUUUUCUUCUAGGUCUCUCAUUGGAGUCCAAUCAGACUCUCUUACGAGAACUACUGGCACCAACAGGUAGCUGGUUCUACAACAAAAACAAGACAUCUGAGUUCAUCAAAGAGAAGGUCAGGAGGAAUUGCUCUGCAGAGAGAUCCAUCAAUCUGUUCCACUGUCUGAAUGAACUGGGUGAUGAUUCACUGAUGCACGAGAUCCAAGAUUAUCUGAAAUCUGGAAAAAUAAAGCAAACCCAAUUGUCCUCUUCACAGUGGUCAGCUCUGGUUUAUGUGUUACUGACAUCAGAGCAGAAGUUGGAUGAGUUUGAUUUUAAACAGUUUAUUGGAGCCCAAAAUACAGCAGAUGAAGUUCUUCAAAAGCUGUUGCCUGUGGUUAAAGAAUCCAGAUCAGUUCAGUUGAUAAAUUGUGGUGUCACAGAUGAAGGUUGUGCUGCUCUGGCUUCAGCUCUGGGAUCAAACCCCUCAUGUCUGCGACAUUUGAAUCUGUCACUGAAUAAACUAGGAGAAUCAGGACUGAAUCUGCUCUCUGAUGGACUGAAGAAUCCUCACUGUAAACUGGCAAUACUGUGGUUGAGUGGUUGUGGAGUCACAGAUGAAGGUUGUGCUGUUCUGGCUUCAGCUCUGAGAUUAAACCCCUCACACCUGAGAGAACUGUGUCUGACUGGAAAUAAACUAAGGGACUCGGGAGUCAAUCUGCUAUCUGAUCUACUGAAGAUUCCUCACUGUAAACUGGAGAUACUGGGGUUGAGAGAUUGUGGAGUCACAGAUGAAGGUUGUGCUGCUCUGGCUUCAGUUCUGAGAUCAAACCCCUCACACCUGAGAGAACUGGAUCUGUCACUUAAUGAAAUAGGAGCAUUAGGCCUUAAUCUCCUCUCUGAUGGACUGAAGAAUCCUCACUGUAAACUGAAAACACUGGGGUUGAGGGAUUGUGGAGUCACACAGGAAGGUUGUGCUGCUCUGGCUUCAGCUCUGAGAUCAAACCCCUCACAUCUGCGAGAACUGGAUCUGUCUUGGAAUAAACUAAGGGACUUAGAUGUGAAGCUGCUCUCUGAUCUGAAAGAUGAUCCACAUUAUAAACUGAAGACACUUAAUCGAUUCCAUGAGGAGAGAUCAAACUCACCAGAGUCCAGCUGUGUAUCAAUGAAGAGUGACCAGUCUUUGGAGAAACCAGCAGAAUUCAAGAGGGAAAACACAUCAGCUGAUCUGAGUAGAUUCCAUGAGGAGAGUUUAAACUCACCAGAGUCCAGCUGUGUGUCAAUGAAGAGUUCCCAGUCUAUGGGGAAACCAGCAGAAUUCAAGAGGAAAAACACUUCAGCUGAUCUGAGUAGAUUCCAUGAGGAGAGUUCAAACUCACCAGAGUCCAGCUGUGUGUCAAUGAAGAGUGACCAGUCUAUGGGGAAACUAGCAGAAUUCAAGAGGAAAAACACUUCAGCUGAUCUGAGUCGAUUCCAUGAGCAGAGUUCAAACUCACCAGAGUCCAGCUGUGUGUCAAUGAAGAGUGACCAGUCUAUGGGGAAACUAGCAGAAUUCAAGAGGAAAAACACUUCAGCUGAUCUGAGUCAUUUCCACAGUAAGUCCAGCUGUGUGUCAAUGAAGAGUGACCAGUCUAUGGAGAAACCAGCAGAAUUCAAGAGAGAAAACACAUCAGCUGAUCUGAGUCAUUUCCACAGUCAGUUCAGCCAUGUGUCCAUAAAGAGUGACUGGUCUUUGGACAAACCAGUAGAAUUUAGGGAAAGACACACAUCAGCUGAUCAGAGUUGUGGCUCACAACUGAUGCAAAGCACAUUCAAGGCAAAUCUGCUGAAGAAGUGUCAGUGUCUGUAUGAAGGAACAGCAAAGCAGGGAAAUCAAACACUCCUGAAUGAGAUCUACACAGAGCUCUACAUCACAGAGAGUGAAAGUGGAGAGAUCAGUAAUGAGCAUGAGGUGAGACAGAUUGAGACACAAUCCAGGAGAGCAGCAACAGAGGACACACCAAUCAAAUGCAAUGACAUCUUUAGACCUUUACCUGGACAAGACAAAGCCAUCAGAACUGUGCUGACAAAGGGAGUCGCUGGCAUUGGAAAAACAGUCUCUGUGCAGAAGUUCAUUGUGGACUGGGCUGAAGGGAAAGAGAAUCAGGACAUCCAGCUCAUAUUUCCACUUCCUUUCAGAGAGCUGAACUUGAUGAAAAACAAAAAACUCAGUUUUUCAGAUCUUCUUUAUGUCUUUUUCCCUGAAACCAAAGAAUUGAAACCAUUUAGUGUUGAAUAUAAAGUUAUCUUUAUUUUUGAUGGUCUGGAUGAGUGUCAUAUGUCUCUGGAUUUUCAGAGUAAUGUGAGGUUGUGUGAUGUAAGUAAAACAACCUCAGUGGAUGUGCUGCUGAUGAACCUCAUUGUGGGGAAUCUGCUUCCCUCUGCUCUCAUCUGGAUCACCUCCAGACCAGCAGCAGCUGAUCUCGUCCCCUCUGAGUGUGUCCAUCGAGUGACAGAGAUACGAGGCUUUAAUGAUCCACAGAAGGAGGAAUACUUCAGGAAGAGAAUCAGUGAUCAGAGUUUGGCCAAUACAAUCAUCACACACCUGAAGUCAUCAAGGAGCCUCUACAUCAUGUGCCACAUCCCAGUGUUCUGCUGGAUCUCAGCCACUGUUCUAGAGAAGAUGUUGAGUGAAGCAGAGAGUGGAGAGAUUCCCAAGACUCUCACUCAAAUGUACACACACUUCCUGAUCAUUCAGACCAACAUCAAACAUGGCAAAAACUAUGAGAAGAAAUUCGAAGAUGAAGUCAUGAUUUUCAAACUGGGGAAACUGGCUUUUCAGCAGCUUGUGAAAGGCAACCUGAUCUUCUAUGAGGAAGACCUGAGAGAGUGUGGCAUUGAUGUGACAGAAGCAUCAGUGUACUCAGGAUUGUGCACUCAGAUCUUCAGAGAGGAGUUUGGAUUGUAUCAGGGGAAAGUCUUCUGCUUUGUUCAUCUGAGCAUCCAGGAACAUUUAGCAGCUCUAUAUGCACACAUCACUUUUACAAAAAAACACAAAAAUGUGUUUAUUACUGUGGUAUCUAGUCCUCUUAAGCAUUUAAAGACUACUUUACGUGUUUCAUUAUCUGGUCUGCAUCAGACAGCUGUGAAAAAGGCAUUCAAGAGUAAGAAUGGAAACCUAGACCUUUUCCUACGUUUUCUUCUGGGUCUCUCAUUGGAGUCCAAUCAGACUCUGUUACGAAAACUAUUGACACAGACAGGAAGCUGCUCCUACAACAAAGAGAGAACAGUUAAGUACAUGAAACAGAAGAUCAGGGAGAAUCGCUCUCCAGAGAGAUCCAUCAAUCUGUUCCACUGUCUGAAUGAACUGGGCGAUGAUUCACUGAUGCAGGAGAUUCAAGAUUAUCUAAAAUCUGGACAAAUAGGAGAAACCAAAUUUUCCUCUUCACAGUGGUCAGCUCUGGUUUAUGUGUUGCUGACAUCAGAGCAAAAGAUGGAAGUUUUUGAUCUAAACCAGUUUAUUGGAGCACAAAAUACAGCAGAUGAAGUUCUUCAGAAGCUGCUGCCUGUGGUUAAAGAAUCCAGAUCAGUUCAGCUGAGUGAUUGUGGUGUCACAGAUAAGGGUUGUGCUGCUCUGGCUUCAGCUUUGAGAUCAAACCCCUCAAACCUGAAAGAACUGGAUCUGUCUAGAAUUGAACUAGGAGCGUCAGGACUGAAUCUACUCUCUGAUGGACUGAAGGAUCCUCACUGUAAACUGGAAAAACUGAAGUUGAGUUAUUGUGGAGUCACAGAAGAAAGUUGUGCUGCUCUUGCUUUAGCUCUGAGAUCAAACCCCUCAAACCUGAAAGAACUCGAUCUGUCUGGAAUUGAACUAGGAGCGUCAGGACUGAAUCUACUCUCUGAUGGACUGAAGGAUCCUCACUGUAAACUGGAGAAACUGAAGUUGAGUUAUUGUGGAGUCACAGAAGAAAGUUGUGCUGCUCUGGCUUUAGCUCUGAGAUCAAACCCCUCAAACCUGAAAGAACUCGAUCUGUCUGGAAUUGAACUAGGAGCGUCAGGACUGAAUCUACUCUCUGAUGGACUGAAGGAUCCUCACUGUAAACUGGAGAAACUGAAGGUGAGGGAUUGUGGUGUCACAGAUGAAGGUUGUGCUGCUCUGGCUUCAGCUCUGAGAUCAAACCCCUCACACCUGAGAGAACUGGAUCUAUCCAGAAAUGACAUGGGAGAUUUAGGAGUCACGCUGCUUUCUGAUCUACUGCAGGAUCCUUGCUGUAAACUAAAAAUAUUGAGUAAUGACUCUCAACUGAUUCGAAAAAUGUUAAAAUUAAAUCUGAAGAAGAAGUUUCAGUGUCUGUAUGAAGAAACAGAAAAGCAGGAAACCCCAACACUUCUGAAUGAGAUCUACACAGAGCUCUACAUCACAGAGAGUGAAAGUGGAGAGAUAAGUAAUGAGCAUGAGGUGAGACAGAUUGAGACACAAUCCAGGACAGCAGCAACACAGGACAAACCAAUCAAAUGCAGUGACAUCUUUAGACCUUUACCUGGACAAGACAAAGCCAUCAGAACUGUGCUGACAAAGGGAGUCGCUGGCAUUGGAAAAACAGUCUCUGUGCAGAAGUUCAUUGUGGACUGGGCUGAAGGGAAAGAAAAUCAGGACAUCCAGCUCAUAUUUCCACUUCCUUUCAGAGAGCUCAACUUGAUGAAGAACAAAACACUCAGUCUUUCAGAUCUUCUUCAUGUUUUUUUUCCUGAAACAAAAGAAAUGGAAAUAUCCAGGAAUGAAUAUAAAGUCUUGUUCAUCUUUGAUGGUCUGGAUGAAUGUCGUCUGUCUCUGGAUUUUCAGAUUGAUGUGAGGUUGUGUGAUGUAAGUGAAUCAGCCUCAGUGGAUGUGCUGCUGAUGAACCUCAUUGUGGGGAAUCUGCUUCCCUCUGCUCUCAUCUGGAUCACCUCCAGACCAGCAGCAGCUGAUCUCGUCCCGUCUGAGUGUGUCCAUCUAGUGACAAAGGUACGAGGCUUCGGUGAGUCACAGAAAGAGGAAUACUUCAGGAAGAGAAUCAGUAAAAAGGGAUUAGCUGAAAAAAUCAUCACACACCUGAAGUCAUCAAGGAGCCUCUACAUCAUGUGCCACAUCCCAGUGUUCUGCUGGAUCUCAGCCACUGUUCUAGAAAAGAUGUUGAGUGAAGCAGAGAGUGGAGAGAUUCCCAAGACUCUCACUCAAAUGUACACACACUUCCUGAUUAUUCAGACCAACAUCAAACAUGAGAAGGACUAUGAGAAGAAAGUCAAAGAUGAAGACACAGUUCUCAAACUGGGGAAACUGGCUUUUCAGCAGCUUGUGAAGGGCAACCUGAUCUUCUAUGAGGAAGACCUGAGAGAGUGUGGCAUUGAUGAGACAGAAGCAUCAGUGUACUCAGGAUUGUGCACUCAGACCUUCAGAGAGGAGUUUGGCUUGUAUCAGGGAAAAGUUUUCUGCUUUGUUCAUCUGAGCAUCCAGGAACAUCUAGCAGCUCUGUAUGCACACCUCUCCUUUACAAACAAGGAAAGAUAUGUGUUUGAUCAAACCAAACAAAGCCUGUUUUCUAAAAUCUUAAUUCAGAAGAAAUAUGCUUCAUUAUCUGAGCUGCAUAAGAGAGCAGUGGAUCAGUCUUUACAGAGUAAAAAUGGACAUCUGGACCUUUUCCUGCAUUUCCUUCUGGGUCUUUCUCUGAAGUCUAAUCAGACUGUCCUACAAGAGGUACUGACACAGACAGGAAGCUGCUCCUACAGCAAAAAGGAAACAGCUGACUUUAUCAAACAGAAGAUCAGGGAGAAUCCCUCUCCAGAGAGAUCUAUCAAUCUCUUCCACUGUCUGAAUGAACUUGGUGAUGAUUCACUGAUGCAGGAGAUCCAAGAUUAUUUGAAAUCUGGACAAAUAGGAGAAACCAAACUCUCCUGUUCACAGUGGUCAGCUCUGGUUUAUGUGUUGCUGACAUCAGAGCGAAAGAUGGAAGUUUUUGAUCUAAACCAGUUUAUUGGAGCAGAAAAUACAGCAGAUGAAGUUCUCCAGAAGCUGCUGCCUGUGGUUAAAGAAUCCAGAUCAGUUCAGUUGAGUGAUUGUGGUGUCACAGAUGAAGGUUGUGCUGCUCUGGCUUCAGCUCUGAGAUCAAACCCCUCAAAUCUGAAAGAACUGGAUCUGUCUGGAAGUGAACUAGGAGCGUCGGGACUGAAUCUACUCUCUGAUGGACUGAAGGAUCCUCACUGUAAAUUGGAAAAACUAAUGUUGAGGGAUUGUGGAGUCACAGAAGAAAGUUGUGCUGCUCUGGCUUCAGCUCUGAGAUCAAACCCCUCACACCUGAGAGAACUGGAUCUAUCCAGUAAUGAAAUAGGAGAUUUAGGAGUCAAACUGCUUUCUGAUCUACUGCAGGAUCCUCACUGUAAACUAAACAUAUUGAGUAAUCACUCUCAACUGAUUCAAAGAAUGCUUAAAUUAAAUCUGAAGAAGAAGUUUCAGUGUCUGUAUGAAGGAACAGCAAAGCAGCAAACCCCAACACUCCUGAAUGAGAUCUACACAGAGCUCUACAUCACAGAGAGUGAAAGUGGAGAGAUCAAUAAUGAGCAUAAAGUGAGACAGAUUGAGACACAAUCCAGGAGAGCAGCAACAGAGGACAAACCAAUCAAAUGCAAUGACAUCUUUAGACCUUUACCUGGACAAGACAAAGCCAUCAGAACUGUGCUGACAAAUGGAGGCGCUAGCAUUGGAAAAACAGUCACUGUACAGAAGUUUAUUGUGGACUGGGCUGAAGGGAAAGAGAAUCAGGACAUCCAGCUCAUAUUUCCACUUCCUUUCAGAGAGCUUAAUCUAAUGAAGAACAAAACACCCAGUCUUUCAGGUCUUCUUCAUGUCUUUUUUCCUGAAACAAAAGAAAUGGAAAUAUUCAGCAAUGACUAUAAAGUCUUGUUCAUCUUUGAUGGUUUGGAUGAGUGUCGCUUGUCUCUGGAUUUUCAGAGUGAUGUGAGGUUGUGUGAUGUAAGCAAAUCAGCCUCAGUGGAUGUGCUGCUGAUGAACCUCAUUGUGGGGAAUCUGCUUCCCUCUGCUCUCAUCUGGAUCACCUCUAGACCAGCAGCAGCUGAUCUUAUUCCCUCUAAGUGUGUCCAUCGAGUGACGGAGGUACGAGGCUUCAAUGAGCCACAGAAAGAGGAAUACUUCAGGAAGAGAAUCAGUAAAAAGAGAUUAGCUGAAAAAAUCAUCACACACCUGAAGUCAUCAAGGAGCCUCUACAUCAUGUGCCACAUCCCAGUGUUCUGCUGGAUCUCAGCCACUGUUCUAGAAAAGAUGUUGAGUGAAGCAGAGAGUGGAGAGAUUCCCAAGACUCUUACUCAAAUGUACACACGCUUCUUGAUCAUUCAGACCAACAUCAAACAUGAGAAGGACUAUGAGAAGAAAGUCAAAGAUGAAGACAUGAUCCUCAAACUGGGAAAAUUGGCUUUUCAGCAGCUUGUGAAAGGCAACCUGAUUUUCUUUGAGAAAGACCUGAGAGAGUCUGGCAUUGAUGUGACAGAAGCAUCAGUGUACUCAGGAUUGUGCACUCAGAUCUUCAGAGAGGAGUUUGGCUUGUAUCAGGGGAAAAUCUUCUGCUUUGUUCAUUUGAGCAUCCAGGAACAUCUAGCAGCUCUGUAUGCACACCUCUCCUUUACAAACAAGGAAAGAAAUGUGUUUGAUCAAAGCAAACAAAGCCCAUUUUCUAAAAUCUUAAUUCAGAAGAAAUAUGCUUCAUUAUCAGAGCUGCAUCAGAGAGCUAUGGAUGAGGCUUUACACAGUAAAAAUGGACAUCUGGACCUUUUCCUGCGUUUCCUUCUGGGUCUUUCAUUGGGGUCUAAUCAGACUGUCCUUCAAGAAGUACUGACACAGAUAGGAGGCUGCUCCUACAGGAAAGAGGAAACAGUUGACUUUAUCAAACAGAAGAUAAUGGAGAAUCCCUCUCCAAAGAGAUCCAUCAAUCUGUUCCACUGUCUGAAUGAACUUGGUGAUGAUUCACUGAUGCAGGAGAUCCAAGAUUAUCUGAAAUCUGGACACAUAGGAGAAACCAAACUCUCUUGUUUACAGUGGUCAGCUCUGGUUUAUGUGUUGCUGACAUCAGAGCAGAAGAUGGAUGUGUUUGAUCUAAAACAGUUUAUUGGAACCCAAAAUACAGCAGAUGAAGUUCUUCAGAAGCUGCUGCCUGUGGUUAAAAAAUCCAGAUCAGUUCAGUUGAGUGACUGUGGUGUCACAGAUGAAGGUUGUGCUGCUCUGGCUUCAGCUCUGAGAUCAAACUCCUCACGCCUGAGAGAACUGAAUCUAACUGGAAAUAGACCAGGAGUGUCAGGACUGCAUCUGCUCUCUGAUCUACUGAAGGAUCAUCACUGUAAACUGGAAAAACUAAAGUUGAGUGAUUGUGGUGUCACAGAUGAAGGUUGUGCUGCUCUGGCUUCAGCUCUGAGAUCAAACCCCUCACACCUGAAACAACUAGAGCUGUCUGGAAAUGAACUAGGAGUGUCAGGACUGAAUCUGCUUUCUAAUGGACUGAAGGAUCCUCACUGUAAACUGGAAAAACUGAAGUUGAUGAAUUGUGGUGUCACAGAUGAAGGUUGUGCUGCUCUGAGAUCAAACCCCUCACACCUGAGAGAACUGGAUCUGACUGGAAAUAAACUAGGAGACUCAGGACUGAAUCUGCUUUCUGAUGGACUGAAGGAUCCUCACUGUAAACUGGAGACACUAAAGUUGAUGAAUUGUGGUGUCACAGAUGAAGGUUGUGCUGCUCUGGCUUCAGCUCUGAGAUCAAACCCCUCACACCUGAGAGAACUGGAUCUGACUGGAAAUAAACUAGGAGACUCAGGACUGAAUCUGCUUUCUGAUGGACUGAAGGAUCCUCACUGUAAACUAGAGACACUAAAGUUGAUGAAUUGUGGUGUCACAGAUGAAAGUUGUGCUGCUCUGGCUUCAGCUCUGAGAUCAAACCCCUCACACCUGAGAGAACUGGAUCUGACUGGAAAUAAACUAGGAGACUCAGGACUGAAUCUGCUU